CACCUGAAACCGCUCACACACACUGGCGGCCACACAGGUACGCAGGGGACAGCAGCCGGAAGAGAGAAAAAAACACACAGGUAUUUCUGUGCUCUAUUCAGUUCCACCUGGUGGUCCUCAGACUACACCCGUCCCUGUUUUUAUUAAAACCUGGUUCAUUUAUGAAAGUGACGCGUCGGCGGAGGAAACAUGACAGAGAAAUCAAAGAAGCUGAUUCUGAUCGUGGUGGAUAUUCUCUGCGUCUUUGUUGCGGCGCUGCCCUCUGCCAUCCUCACGUUGAUGUUCACCCCUUAUCAGAGAGGAAUCUACUGCGAUGACAAAAGCAUCAGCUAUCCCUACAGGAGAGACACCAUCUCCCAUGGAGCCAUGGCUGCAGUCACCAUCACCUGCUCCAUCGUCAUCAUCACUACAGGAGAGGCCUACCUGGUGUACACCAAACGCCUGCGCUCCAACUCCCAGUUCAACCAGUACCUGUCUGCUCUGUACAAGGUGGUGGGGACCUACCUGUUCGGGGCGGCCAUCAGCCAGUCACUGACCGACCUGGCAAAGUUCACAAUCGGCCGUCCGCGGCCGAACUUCCUGUCCGUGUGCGCCCCGGUGAGCUGUAACGGAUACAUGCUGCAGAUCAACUGCACGGGCGCCCCCCGCAACGUGACCGAGUCCAGGUUGUCCUUUUACUCUGGCCACUCGUCAUUCGGGAUGUACUGCAUGCUGUUUCUGUCGCUCUACAUCCACGCCAGAAUGCAAGGGAAGUGGACAAGGCUGGUCCGACCCACCAUCCAGUUCUUCUUGGUGGCGUUCUCCCUCUACGUGGCGUACACCCGGGUCUCCGACUACAAGCACCACUGGAGCGACGUCUUGGUGGGGCUGCUGCAAGGAGCGCUCAUCGCUGUGCUCACUGUCCGAUACGCGUCCGAUUUCUUCAAGCAGCGGCCUCCCCGCUGCACGCAGCCGGAGGAGCCAGAGGUCGAACGCCUUGAACGCAAACCAGGUCCGCAGCCUGUGGACUCGCAGCAGGGGAACCACUACAACUGCUCCGGACCCAUAUGAACACUUGCCUCCGCAGCUUUUACCAACCUGGGCUCCCUGGCACCAUCUCCGUUAUCCCAAAAUGUGCAACAGAAAGAGGGAGAUGGAGAGGUGCCACCGAGACGUCUUCCUAACAAAUUUCCUGCUAUGAAAACUUGGAUUCCCAGUACCUGUUGGAACAGAAACUCCGUGCCUGUUUUAUUGUGCGGUUGGUUGUGUUGCAAAAAUAAGUCUGAGUGACGUGUGUGGUUCUGUGCAACAGUAUGCAAUGACUAUGUAAAUAUGAAUGGUUUGUUUUUUUUGUUUAUACUCUUUAUGGUCUCGUGCUCGACAAGUGAGAAGUGUCGGAUGUGUGUGGAACGGCGCGUUUUGAGGUUGAAACGGAAAAAGACAGACCUGUGUGUCCUUGAGCGGAGCGCUGAAACCUUGUGAGCUGAAUGUUUUCCACAUCGGAACAUUCGGAUGAAACUAUUUUAUCUACACUGGAGCUAGAUUGUAUCUGCAUGUCCCCGACACUUUAAUUCUUCUCUGCAGAUAUUUUGCCACACAAACAUGUGCACGAGUAACGAUGAAUAGCUUUUUUUCUUUUUUGUUUUUAAAUCCCGUUUAUAACUACUGUAUCUAAUAAAUUUUGUAUCAUUUUAAGAAUGUGUAACCACUAACUUUGUGUAAAGUAAAACCUCUUUUUUUUCACCCUUUUACAGAGUCUGAUAAUACUGGCCAAGUAUUAAGUUACUUUCACUUUUUUCUCCAAGUAAAAACCUACACAGACCUCUUCUUUUUAUCUGUAACUUCUGGUAAAACUACAUUUCCUUCACAUAAAUGUUAGCCAUCAUGUUCACAUGUGUGUUUUCUGACUUCAGUAGCCACAAGAAACAAAUACAAGUCACUUUUGGUAACUUUCAA